GUUCUUCGCGGUGCUGUACCCUUUGAAGCUGGCUGUCGCGAGGAGGAGGAGCAAGCAGAUGCUAUACGCCGCCUGGACAGUCGCGCUGGCCUGCAGCUUGCCGCAGAGCAUCGUGUUCCGAGUGCAGCAGCACCCUUACGUGGCGGGGUUCGAGCAGUGCGUGUCGUUCGGCGCCUUCGAGAGCGCCCGGCUCGAGCUGGCGUACAACGUGUUCUGCCUGUGCGCCAUGUACUUCGCGCCGCUGCUCAUCAUCACCGGCUGCUACGUGUGCAUCUUCUGCGAGAUCCGGCGCAGCAGCAACGACCUGCAAGAGAAGUGCGUCCACAACGGACACGCGAGCGUCCGGCUGCGGCGCUCGGACCGACGGACGCUGGCGCGCGCGCGGCGGCGGACGCUGCGGAUGACGGUGAUCAUCGUCACGGUGUUCGCGCUGUGCUGGCUGCCCUACGCCACCAUGGCCAUGUGGUACAUGGUAGACCGCGAGUCGGCGUCGCGCGUGUCUCCGCAGCUCCAGGACCUGUUGUUCGCGAUGGCCGUGUCCAACUCCUGCAUGAACCCGCUGGUGUACGGCUCCUACGCGCUGCGGCUCAGCGGCACCGUGCAGCGGCUGCUGCGGGCCUGCUGCCGCCCCGCCUCCGACACUGCUGGUAACUCAGGCUCGAGCACAACGAAGAACAGGAAGAACACAGGCACCUGUGUGGUGGUCAAGCCAGGCAAGAAUGGGCACAUAAGGCCGCGUCUAGGCGUGCGGUUCGCGGAGACGUCGUUCACGGUCGCCGAGCGCCAGGAGCAGCCGCGCGCGCGCGGGCCCGCCUGACACCCGCCCGCCCGUCUGCACUGCGCGCGCCACGAGCGCGGCCGCGUGCUGCACGAGUACUACAAGACAAAGGCUACGGCUCUGUAGGAUGUGAAGUGUAUGAUAUAAACAGUGGAAUUAAAGAAAAUAUUUCUAAUAAGUGCUGUUACAUUGUGGUCUUUGCUCUGUAGAUCGUUAAGUGUAGGAUAUAAACAGUGGACAAUACUUAACUGUCAUGGUAGAAGAAAGUGUUUCUAAUAAGUGCUGUUAUAUCCCGCCCGUCUGCGCUGCGCGCGCCACAUGUGUAUUACGAGACCAAGGCUACGUCUCUGUAGGAUGUGUAUAAAUGUACGAUAUAAACUGUGAAGUUAAAGAAAGUAUUUUAUUAUAAGUCUGCACUGUACUACGAGUACAAGACUAAGGCUACGGCUAUGUAAGAUGUGAAAUGUACGAUAUAAACAGUGGAAUUAAAGAAAGUAUUUCUAAUAAGUGCUGUUAUUACCCGCCCGUCUGCACUGCGCGCGCCAAGAGCGCGGCCGCGUGCUACACGAGUACUAAAAGACCAAGGCCACUGCUCUGUAGGAUAUAAAGUGUAUGAUAUAUACAGUGUAAUUAAAGAAAGUAUUUCAAAUAAGUGCUGUUAUAACACGUCUGUCUGCACUGUGGUCUUUGCUCUGUAGAUCGUUAAGUGUAUAAAAAGUGGACAAUACCUAACGGCCAUGGUCGCCCGCCCGUCUGCACUGCGCGCGCCACGAGUGCAGCUUCGUACUUGUACAUAGGUUUUCUGUGGUACUGAAUUAGUACUACAGGAGCAAGGCUAUAUCUCUGUAGUACAUGAAGUGUACGAUAUAAACAGUGGAAUUAAAGAAAGUAUUUCAAAUAAGUACUGUUAUAACACGUCCGUCUGCACUGUCUUUGCUCUGUGGAUCGUUAAUUGUAGAAUAUAAACAAUGGACAAUACUAAGCUAAUGGCCGUCCGUUUGCACUGGGCGUGCUGACGGGCGACCAUUAGUUGAAUUAGUACUACAUCAGCAAGACUAUGUUUCCAUAAUACGUGGAAGAUAUAAACAGAGGAAUUAAAGAUAGUAUUUCAGAUAAGUGCUGUUAUAACCCGCCCGUCUGCUCUGUGGUUAAGCCAUUAAGUGUUGGAUAUAAACAAUGGACAAUACCAAGCUGUUGGUCACUCGUUCGUCUGCAUUAUGCGUAGAGCCGUGUAUUACUCGAAGGAUAAAACGUGAACUGUUUAAUCAAUUGAAAUGUUACAAUUUAAGGACCGGAUAUUGCAUUUUUAGAGGACGCAAUUUUAUUUUUGGGACAAGUGUGAGGUCAAUAGAAGCUUAACCUCAUAUUGUGUAUUUCAAUGGACUAGUUUACAUACAAUGUACAUGAAAUAGAGCUAGAUUUAUCAUCGCUGCCCGCCCGUCUGUAGCGUGCCCUAUCGCGGCAUAUCCGCAAGAAACGGACGUUUAAUUCCCGCCCGUCUGUACUGCAGUUGAAGUAUUCUACACAUACUAGAGUAACAAGUACUCUUCUCGACUGAGUAACUCGUCGAUAUGAGUCUCUACCUUGAGAGGUAAAGAUCGAGACUAUUCUAGUACCAUUCAAAAUCGUCAAAAAAUAGCGCGAUAGACGUGAAUUGAAAAUAACUAUGGCCAUUGAAGUAUUAUAAUAUAUAUAGAAAGGACACAUACGUAUUUGCUGAAGUUACCGCCUGGAAAUAUUAGAAAGUUAAAACAUAUUUACAGAAGGUGAAGUUUCUGAAAAUGGCUGGUAUUGUAAAUAGGUUUAUGCCCUGACACCGUUUUAUUGGGCAUAAAAAAUACCUGCAACGAUUUUUCAAUUUUUAAAAUCGUUUAUAUACUUAUGUACAUAUUUAACAAGCUUUGUAAAAAAUGUAAAUAUACAAUUGGUAGAAAUAAACUAAAAGAAGAACUUUUAAAUAAGUGUUAUCAUAAAAUCAAAAAUCUUUAUGUAAUUUUUACAAUUCUAUUUUAUUGUUGUGAUUUUUAGUUUGUGAUACGUACUUAUUGUAUUAAUAAUUUGAUAAUAAUUCUAAUUAUAUUGUAUUUUUAUUAUAUUUAAGCUGUGACCCGAAGUUUCACCCUCGUACAUCCCAUUUCCGUUAAGUUUGUCCUGUUUGACAAGUUCGUCAGCGAAAAAGUCCAGUCCGAAUAAAAAUAUACUGGGUGUCCCGUAACGUAUUAAUAACGCAAAUGCUAUGCAACACCACUUAAUUAUCUAAAACUAGUUUGAAUUUUCAAUAAGUACAAGAAAUAAAUUAAAUUGUGCAUAUUCUAACUUUUAUUUAUUAUUUCUUCAAAAUGUAUUACAAUAUCUGCCUUGCUUACAAUACUCUUCUAAAUACGGUUUGACGUUGAGUGUAAUUGAAAAUUACAAUGAACUUUCGAAUCCUCCAGUAAAUAAAACAGUGUAAACACGGCUUAACAAUUUAUAUUAAGCCACACGAUAUUAAACGCCAGUGCUCUCGGAUUAUAAUUGUGUUUUUGCCGCUUGUGUACACGUAACUUUAUUUAUGACGAAAUAAAUGUUUCCCGCGUGACUUCGUUAUUGUACGCCAUUUGCAAAAUGAGCGACGAAAGGUACCGAGAUUUUCGUAAAAGCAAUUUCCGUUACGUUUCCAUAUAAACGAGACACGCGGCCGCGUAUCAGCCAAAUUUGGCCGAACGGGUGAUGCAGUCACAAUGUAACUUUACACCAAACAUUUAAAGCCACUAUUGAAUUAAUAAGUCAAAAUGUAUUAAACAUAAACACACGUUAUCUGAUUUAUUCAUUCAAUUCGAAUUCGAGAAUGGCCACCGGCCCAUACAACGUCGGCCCAAGGUACCCAGGUAUUCCCACACAGGUUUACCCAGGAACAGUGCCGGCCCGAAGUAAAUUUUAGAAUGGAGCGAGAUCCGAUUAUGACGCCUCUCCUGUUUACUCCAGGCUCCUAAUAAUAAUUAUAUGUGCCAAUUGUGAGUCCAAAGUAAGUAUGGAACGCGAAGAUCUCGACCAAACUCUGCAGUGACCAAUUGAAAAUCAAGCGGAAUACCGUUUACGGUCGACUAGGAUUUUAGAAGUACGUAGAAUAUCGAUAACUUAAUUUUAUUUCUUUUAUUGUUCUUUACCAUUUAGGCGAUCUCUAGGAUUUGGCGCCUGGAGUGUGAGUUAUGGAGGAAAGGAGGAGGAAACUAUUAAAAUUUUAAUAGUUUCUUUAAGAAAAAUACAUUUUUUCAAUCACUCUUCUAGGGCAAAAUGUUCGCCGGUGUACCAAAGCGGCGAAGUAACAUUAAAAUCUGUAUUAUUUUUUUUGUAUUCUUUUUUCUGUUACAUAUAGGCUAAAGGCUAAACAAACAAGAAAAAUAACAAACAAACCAAUCAUAAGUCUUCAAAAAAUAUCGUAAAACGUAAAACUCAGGCUGUAUGGUCAACUAUCUUAGCUGUUUUAAUGUCGAUAUUUCGACCCAGUUGCAUGGAUCGUGGUCACGACGGGACUCUUCCUCUCAGAGUCUUCUUUCUCAGAGUACCGUCGUACAUUAAAAAUCUCGUAUUUUUAUCGUGGUAUGUACCCGUUUAAAUAACAUUCAUAAUGAACAACCACGAAAUAAGUUUAAAAUCAUUAUGUUAGCUUGUCCCAGUUGUGAACAAAUAAAAGAUGAAUUAAGGACAUACAUAAAAAAAAAAAAAAAACAUACAUACAGCCGAACGUAGAACCUCCUCCUUUUUUGAAAUCGGUUAAAAAUGUCGUAAAACGUUGUAGCACAGUAUGUAGCAAACUUUUUUUGAUAAAGUAAUGAUUUCGAUAUAAAAGUAAAAUUAUCUAGAUUAUUUUAGACUAUCUGACGCCGCGCGGUUUCACCCGCGUGGAUCCCGUUCCCCUAGGAAUAUGGGGAUAAUAUAUAACCUAUAGCCUUCCUCGAUAAACGGGCUAUCUAACAGUGAAAGAAUUUUUCAAAUCGGACCAGUAGUUCCUGAGUUCCUGAGAUUAGCGCGUUCAAUCAAUCAAACAAACAAACAAACAAACUCUUCAGCUUUAUUAUAUUAGUAUUAUAUGUAUGUAUAAUAUAUAAUGUUUAAAUGGUUAGGGUAGGCCUGGGCCGGGGUUGGGCAUUCCCUUUUCAUAAAUACAGGUCAAAAAACAAUUGAGAUAAUAAAGCUUAAAGAUAAUAGGUUGGAUAUAUAUUAUCUUAGGAUAGAUAAAUCAAAAUGUUUACCCACUUCAAGAUUAAAAUUCAGAUAAUGAAAAAAAUAUACAGGAUGUCCCUUAAUUAAUUUAUAAAACGCAAAUGGUAGAUAUACCACAUAUUCGUAAUUAUCUAAAACCAAUUUGAAUGGUUUUGAAAAAGUCCCUAUAAAUACUUAAUACCAUUUUGUGUUUUAUCCAUUAAUUACGGGUAUCCAUUAAUGAAGGGUAUUAAUCCCAGUAUAAACCUCCUUUUUAAGUGAGUUACAAACAAACAAGCUUUUUUUAAAAUUUUGUCUUUCUGUUGUCCGGGUUAGAUGUAUACUACAUAAUAACCUAGUAUUUGCAUAGCAACGGGUACUACGCAGGUGAAACUGCGGGGCGUAUGUUAGUUAUUUAUAAAAUAUCUACCUAUGCAACAAUCUCAUACUAUUAGAUAUGUUACAUGCCUACGAAAUCACGGCAAAAAUGCACACAUGCACAAUUUUGUGUUUACUUACAUAAUAUAAUUAUGUAUAAAGGAUGCUGGGGAGUGUUUUCCAUAACUUUGGGGUUAUAUUCUUUACCGAAAAUUAAUCAAAAGUGUUCAAGGAACAUGUGUUCUAAAAUUAAUAUUUUCGGGGUAAAUAAUAUUUCUUUGGUAAAUAGAUCUUAAAAUGAGUUAUACGCAUCGUAAUUAUGUCGCAGCCAAGUCUUACGUAUUUUAAAAUGCCAGGGUAAAUAAAGGGCGCGUAUUACAUGGAUAUUCGAAAUUAUUUGAAUUAUUACUUUGUAUAACAACAUAAAAAAAAAAAAAAUUUAGUAAUAAAAAAUUGGCAGUUCGGCUCCUAUAAGUGUACCUUGAAGUUAUGGGAAAUACUCCCGAGCACCCUGUAUAUUAGUUUUAACUUUUCCUGAACACACAAGUCGACAUUGUAAACAUUAUAACUGUUUUAUUAUUUGUUUAAAGAACUUUCGUUGUUUACAAUGCGAUUGAAUGUAAAUAAGACAAUUAGCAACCAUUGUUCGCCUCAUGUUCGACGCGCUUGUUACAUAGUAUUUAUAAUAUAAAAUUUUUGUGUUUAUCUACCUAUCUAACAGCCUUUGGUGGUUGCAAUUUUACCCAUGUGCACCCUACGCUUAAUCCGUUUAAUUAUGCUUUUUUUUUUUAUUCUUUACAAGUUAGCCCUUGACUACAAUCUCACCUGAUGGUAAGUGAUGAUGCAGUCUAAGAUGGAAGCGGGCUAACUUGUUAGGAGGAGGAUGAAAAUGCACACCCCUUUCGGUUUCUACACGGCAUCGCACCGGAACGCUAAAUCGCUUGGCGGUACGUCUUUGCCGGUAGGGUGGUAACUAGCCACGGCCGAAGCCUCCCACCAGCCAGACCUGGACAAAUUAAGAAAAUCUCAAUCUGCCCAGCCGGGGAUCGAACCUAGGACCUCCGUCUUGCAAAUCCACCGCGCAUACCACUGCGCCACGGAGGCAGUCAAGUUUAUAUGUUUAUCGAUAGUGUAGUGAAUCUGAAAAUGUAUGACAAUUAAUUUUGUAUUAUUAUUUAUGUACAUAAUUGUAUUAAUUAUAAUUUAAUUAAUUACCUUUGUAAGUGGGAUGAUUGUUAUUCAGUGGAUAUUAUAAUGUGGCUUUUAA